CCUGCGUGCAUUCAGUGUGAUAUCACAUCCUUACGAGCAGAGCAUUGCCGUUGCCAGCGAGACGUCAGUAUAUCUUGCUCAACCCUUCAAAGAUUUCCUACUCAUGGAUACCGUUUAGGAUAUAACGUUGCGUGUUGUUAAAUUUGGACGCUUUGGGUUUCUGUUUUCCCCCGACUGAAAUGAUAGCUAGAAUGCCAGCUCACAGCAUGUAAGUAUGGGCCGCACUUAGCGAAUCCCCCAUCUCGGCGGGCUCACGUUUUAUUUAUUCGGUUUUAUCCCCAAACGGCUACACUGUCGCUCCUUUAACAAUGUGGGGAAGAAACGAGUUCGAAGAUGGAUAUGAAGCUUUCAAAACAGGCUCUAGUACGUCGUCACCCGGAUGGGUACCAGGAUGCGAGUCGGCAUGGCAGUCCUCCUCCGUGACCACCGGCAGCAGUAACCGUGGGAGACGGCACAGCACGGCCUCGGACAGCGGCGACACCGGCUUCGGCACAUCUUGCUCCGACAGUGUGGAAGACCACUCCAGUUCCAGCACCACGCUCUCCUUCCAGCCCCUGAGGAGUUGCGGUGGUAUCGUGGGGCCUAGCGUGGGCUGCGGUGGCAGCGGCAGCAGCAGCGGCAUUGGCAGCAGCAGUGGCAGCGCGGGCUCCAUCCCCACGGCGCACGUCAUGCCCUCCCCCUCCCUCUCCCUGGCCUCCUCCGCCUCCUGCUCCAAGCUGGGCGUGCCGGGCCUCCUGCUCUCCUCCUCCUCCUGCGUCUCCACCGCCUCCUCCUCCUGCCUGGGGGACCGUGGUGGUGGAGGAGUAGGAGGAGGUGGGGGUGUGGGUGGUGGAGGGUGUUACCGUGGUGGUGGUGGUGGUGGUGGGAGCAUGGGCUCCCCCAGCCCCUGGGGCAGCAGUGGGCAGCUGCUGACGUCCCCGUCCGUGCCGCCGCUGGACAUGCGCGACCCGCGGCCCGUGCGGCGUUGGUCCUCGCUGACGCGCCUCAGCGUGCCGGAGAAAGCCCUCGGCACCCGCAGCGGGUAUGACUGCGCCGCUGCCGCCGACUCCGGCUCGUGCGUGAGCGGCGCCGUUGUGUCGUCGUCGUCGUCUCUGGGCCGCCACGUGGGAUCUGCGUCCGCCUACCGGAUCCCCGACACGCACGGCUCGCUGGACCGAGGUCUGCUGCACGGGUACCGUCUGCACGAGUCGCACAGCUCGGACAGCUUCCUGCAGCUGGGGCGCUACGACCCCAUGACCACGCAGCACGCCAGCGGACUCCACGGAGGGGGCAGCGCUAGCGGCAGCUGCAGUCGGACAGACUCCUGCAGGUCCUCCCCGCUCAAGCCCAGCACCCUGGACCUCAACUACAGCGCCCUCCCCGAGAGCAAGCCCCAUCCCGGCCUGGGGACGGCCAGCGCGGUGGGGGGGCUGCCUGGAGGGCAGAGAGGGGGCGGCUGCGGUGGUGGUGGUGGUGGUGGUGGAGUCGGUGCCGUGGGGGUGGGAGGGUCUCCCAUCCAGCCGGCCGUGCGGACUCAGAUGUGGCUGAGCGAGCAGAUGGAGUAUCGGCCCGGGCCCGGGCCGGACGCGUGCGGUGGUGGAGGGCUGGCGGCGUGGCAGCAGGAGCAGCAGCAGUUGCAGCAGCAGAGGGAACGCAUCAUGAGGCAGGAGGCGGAGUACUCACAGAUGCUGAGUGGAGCUCCACUGCCCGUCAACACGCUGGUGAAGAUCAAGGAGGGGCUGCUGAGACAGAGAGAGCUGGAGAUCGACAGGCAAAAGCAGCAGAUUCUGCAGCUCCACGCCAGGAUACGGGAGAACGAGCUGAGAGCGCAACAGGUCCUCCACAACCAGAGAGGGCGCUGUGACGAGCCCUACUUCCUCAAACCCAAGGAGUGUGUGUGUGACAGCAGCAGCAGUCCCGUGUCCCAGCCGCAGCCUGGAGUGCUGGAGCGUCUGAGCCCACUGUGCGGGGGGUCGGGGUCUGGUUCCGGCUCAGGCUCAGGCUCCGGGUCCGGGCCAGACGCGGCGGGGGAUCUGGGCCGGAGGCUGGCCGCCUCGGAGCUGGAGGUGAUCCACCUGAACGAGUUCCUGCGGCAGAACACGCAGAAGUACCAGGAGGACAUCAAGAAGCUGGAGGAGAAGAUGAAGACGCGGGACCGCUACAUCAGCAGUCUGAAGAAGAAGUGUCAGCGGGAGCAGGAGCACAACCUGGAGAAGCAGCAGCGCAUCGAGACGCUGGAGAAAUACCUGGCAGACCUGCCCUCGCUGGACGAGGUGCAGACCCAGGCACAGCAGCUGGAGGAGGUGCGUGCCAAGGAGGAGGCCCUGCGUGGGCGCGUGGCUGAGCUGGAGAGGAGCGUGGAGGAGAGCCGGGCACAGCUGCAGGCCAAGGAGGAGCUGAUGGGGGUGCAGACGCGCCGCGAGCACCAGCUGGUCGACACCGUGACGAGUCUUCAGGAGAAGGUGGAGCAGUGUUUGGAGGAUGGCGUGAGGUUGCCUAUGAUGGAUCUGAAACAGCUGGAGAAGGAGAACGCCAGACUGCAGCGGGAACACACACAGAGCAGCGCGCUGAUUGACAAUCACAAGAAGCAGAUAGAGGCGCUCACGCUAAAGCUUACGGCGGUGGAGCAGCACCUGCAGCAGGAGAGGGGAGCAUCUCAGGCGUUACGGCAGCAGCUGCAAGACAACCAGGAGGACCUGCAGAACCUCAACAAAACACUGCAGGAGAACCAGAGGCAGGUGGGAGAGGGGUGUGUGCUGGGCCCGAGGAGCCCCGGGGGCGUGGUGCAGGAGGCGGGCCCCCUGUUGAAGGAGAUGUCCCUAUGCCUGCUGGACCUCAAGGCCCUGUGCAGCAUCCUGUCGCACCGCGCCCAGGGCAAGGAGCCCAACCUCACGCUGCUGCUCGGCAUCAAAUCGAUGGGUAUAUCGGGCGAGGAGAUCGAGGUGCCGGAUGAGGAUGGCCUCCGGGCGAAGCUUCGUGACGUGUGUCAGCUGCGUAAGGACAUCGACGACCUGCGCACCCUCAUCUCCGACCGCUACGCCCAGGACAUGGGGGACAACUGCGUCACACAGUGACACCACCCCCGCCCCCAUCCCGUCCUAACUGCACCCGUCCCAAAGUGUCACCACCACCAACGCCAUCAUCAUCAUCAUCCUCAUGAUCAUCCUCCGUCCUCCUCUGGCCAGUCCCCACUCUGACUCGAACCCCUCCUUAUCCUCAGGGUGUUGUUUUAUAUUUUUUUCCCCCAUUUUAUUUUUGUUUAGUUUGUUUCUUUGUGUGUGUAUGUGCGUCAAAAAAUACCAAUUUACAAAGACGUUCUAAAAACAAAGAAGGGAAUAAAAUGGGAACACCCUGAGCAAAGAGACAAAGAAAAUGUACAGAGAGAUGUCCAUGCUAGGUUGCGCCAACUGAAUACUCAGACUACUGAAUGUUAAAGGCCUGGCUGUGAACAAGCUUUGACAAGGUUCAUGAGAGGGUCAUCACGCUUUAGGUUUUUGUUUUUGGUUUAGGUUUUGUUGUUGUUCUGUCAG